AUGCAACUCCUCCUUCUUUCCCAUGUGAUUCUCCUCCGCCUUUCUCAUGUUAUGCAUCUCCUUCUUUCCCAUGUCAUUCUCCUCCACCUUUCUCAUGUUAUGCAUGUCCUUCUUUCCCAUGUCAUUCUCCUCCGCCUUUCUCAUGUUAUGCAUCUCCUUCUUUCCCAUGUGAUUCUCCUCCACCUUUCUCAUGUUAUGCAUCUCCUCCUUUCUCCGUACUCUUCCCCUCCACCUUUCUUAUGCUAUUCUCCUUCUCUUUUCUCAUGCUAUUCUUUUCCUACUUGCAAACUUCUAUUGUCAUUUCCUUUUUAUCCCCUCUUUCUUUCCUAUGUUAUUUUCCUUCUCCUCUUUCUCUUUUCCCAUGUUAUCCUCCUCCACCUUUCUCAUGUUAUGCAACUCCUCCUUUCUCGUGUUAUUCUCCUCCUCCUCUUUCUCCUUUUUGAAUGUUAUUCUUCUUCCUUCUCAUGCUACUCUCCUCUUCUUCUAGUCUCCUCUUCCUUUCUCAUGCUACUCUCCUCCUCUUCUAGUCUUCUCUUCCUUUCUCAUGCUACUCUCCUCUUCUUCUAUUCUCCUCUUCCUUUCUCAUGCUACUCUCCUCUUCUUCCAUUCUCCUCUUCCUAUCUCAUGCUUUUCCCCUCCUUCUUGAACAUGCUAUUGUCAUUUCUUUCCUAUCUCCACCUUCUUUCCCCUUCAAUUUCCCUCUUCCUCCGCCUCUUCCUCUGCCUCUUCCUCCUUUCCCGAGCUAUUCUCCUCUUUGGCAUUCCAUUUACCCGCCUUUUUCAUCGUAUUCUCCUCCUCCUUUUCCCAUCCUAUUCAUUCCCAUUCUCUUUCCUUUUUUCCUUUCUAUCUAUGCUAUUGUCAUCCUCUUCCUCUUUUUCUUAUCUCUUUUUCGGCUUUUCUUUUUUUCAUAAAAUACCAUGCACAUUUUCUCAGCCAUUUCUAAUAAUUACAAAAGCUUUUAAAUUGACGUUUUACGCCGUCGCCGCCGGGACGAGCAGCCUCCGCAAGCCAGCCAGCCAGCCGGUCUUCGUUCGCCGUCGCCGGACGACCGUUGUGCGCCUCGGCCGGGCCGGGCCUCUGCCGCCGCAAAAUCUUUCUGCCACCGUUGACCGCGUAAGGUGGGUCGCCGGACCGGGACCGGGACCGGGAUGGGCAGCUUCCGCCAGUCAGCCAGCCGCCAGCCGCCAGACGGUCUUCGUUUGCCGUCGCCGGACGCGCGUCGUGCGCCUCAGCAGAGGUCGGCGUCAAAAGUACCUUGACUAUCUCUGUCUGUCUAUCUAUCUAUCUAUCUAUCUAUCUAUCUAUCUAUCUAUCUCUGUAUAA